AUGGAGACGAUUCACAACGUGGCAGCGGCAGCCAGCAAAGCCAUUUGGGGCGAGCAAAACACCGACGCAACGACGCAGAAUGAGACCGGAGGCCAGGAGCCGAUCUCAGGUGAGCAGGGCAAGGGUACGCCCAAUGAGCCCUUUGACCAGGGCAACUCGGAGGAUCGCACCAAAUUGAACGAAACUGGAGGCGUUGAACCAAUCUCCGGUCUGCAAGGCAAAGGAACGCCCAAUGAGCCCUUUGAUCUGGGUAACUCGGAGAACCCCGUCCCCUCGUGGACCGAUACAAAUACAACCUCCGAACCAAACACAACCUCCACAGAACCUCCUCUCACCUCCCUCCCAACUCAACCCUCUCCCCGCACAGAACCAACCAGCACCAUGUCCGACACCACCCGCAUUCCCAACAACCCCAUCAACGCCGCAACCGGCGACUCUGACCCCUACAAAACCACCGAGAAAACAGGCAUCAUAAGCGACCGUCAAGGCGACGCUCCCAAAGCCGAAGACGUCAUCCCCACCGAGCGUGCCCUCAAUACUGGCGCACCUCCCACCUCCGACACACCACCCCAAGUCAAGCACCAAGGCGCCGACGCUCCAGGAGACGUCCCCUCACCCGACCAACACGCCGCCAUCGUAGACAAGAAAGACGACGUUGAGGAACUGCUCCAGAAGCGCGACCCCAACGACCACUCCGGCUCACCCAUGAGGAUGCACGACGGCACCGAAAACACCAUCCCGACCACCCAGGAGGAACGCCGCGAUUCCAAAGCGGGUAUGCCUGGAGGCCAGGAACACGGCAAGCCGCCCAAGGGCACGGGUGAGCAGUGGGUCAAGUCCACGGGCAUGGCCGCCGAGGGUGGAGACUUCGAUGCUACGAAGCCCGGCGCUGGCCGCGAAGCCGAUCGUUUGAUGGAGGAGGCUGGCAUCAAGAAGUCGACGGAGCAGCAGCCUACGACUAGCGCCGGGUCGCCGGGGACCAAGGAGAAGGAGAAGUUGAGUGAGAAGAUUAAGCACAAGUUGCAUAUUGGGAAGAACUUGUCGGUCUUUCAUAAUCGGCGUGGAACGGGUAGUUUCAUCUCAUCAGCUAGCGCUCUUACCAUGUACGUCGUUGGCAUCCUCAUUGCUAUCAAUCAGGCGAACGUCAAAUCACAAAAUGAAAAAAGUUAUGCUCCGAGCCUCGAAGACUCCGUUAGUGUUCACAAAUUACAACCAAACCUUCCUUCACCCAAACGAGUCAGAACGACCCCAAUCUCGACACAAACCGUUGGAGCAACACGAUUGCAGAGACACGACCGAAUGUAA